AUGUCUACCACCCUUAACACCUGCUUGCAUGCCACGAAUACGCGCUUUUCCACAGAUAAUUUUGGUUUCUAUCCUUUCAUAACGAGUCUACCAUUCGGUGUUCCCAGAUGCUGCUCGUCUCCGUUAUCUUUUCAUUUCGGAGUGUGCUGUGCCCUCAAAAUGUCAAUCUUCAAAAAUUUGAAAGUCUCCACUUCAAACCAAACGGGCGGCUCCCAAAAGAAGAAGAUCGAGAAGGAAAUAGCGCAAGCACUCCCGCAGGACACGCACAUACACAAAUGCAAGAACAAAAUAAAACUGCUGAGCCACAACAACAGUUACAUUCUGUUCAAUUAUAAUGAUCGCUGGAUAUUCACGUUGGAGUAUUUACGUGCACAUCGUGGAAAAGAGCCGGUGUAUCCGAGUAUAUGGAUCGAUGAGGGCGCGCGUCAGCCCCUUCAGAGAGGUUCUGAUAUUUUUGUACCGGGAGUCUACAAAUACAGAGAAAUGAUCGAUGGGGAGUUUGCCAAGAACGACGUGGUCAUAGUUAACAUUGUGGGCUAUGGAAUGUUUGGACUGGCUGUGGCUCUGAUAGGUUACAAGGAGAUGAGUGCGGACAGCAAAGGAAACGGAUUCAAGGUUUUGAGCGUUGAAAAUGAUGAGCUGGACAGCAAGAGAUCAAAGCAAUGACCUUGGAUAGCAUUUAAACCAUGAUUUGCUCGUUCGUUCGCAAUACGUGGUUGUAUAAGAUACCGAACAGUAAAUUAAACCGUGCUUAUCUAAAACAGUGAGU